UGUUCCUGUCUGUUCAAUCCGCCAUUUCGAGGUUUCACCAAUAUUAGUGUCAACGUUUAGUAAGGCAGGGACCGUCGGGAUAGCUACUGCAUUGUAUGCGAACACCGAGUAAAAUAGCAGCGGUUAAUUGUACUAUCUGAAUCUCGUCAUAGUCCGUCAUGCAUCGUGAUUCUUGUCCAUUGGACUGCAAGGUCUAUGUGGGUAAUCUUGGAAACAAUGGGAAUAAAACGGAUCUGGAAAGAGCAUUUGGGUAUUAUGGACCCCUUCGCAGUGUAUGGGUCGCAAGAAAUCCUCCUGGUUUUGCAUUUGUAGAGUUUGAAGAUCCUCGUGAUGCAGCUGAUGCAGUCAGAGAACUAGAUGGAAGAACGUUGUGUGGCUGUCGUGUCAGAGUGGAGUUAUCCAAUGGUGAGAAACGUAGUCGCAACCGUGGCCCACCCAUGUCAUGGGGUGGUAGCAGACGUCCUAGAGACGAUUAUCGUAGGAGAAGUCCCCCUCCUCGUCGCAGAUCUCCACGCAGGCGAAGCUUUUCUCGUAGUAGGAGCAGGUCUGUUUCCAGAGACAGGAGAAGGGAUAGGUCUGCAUCUAGAGAGAGAAACCACAAACCAUCUCGUUCAUUCUCCAGGUCACGCAGUCGCUCAAGAUCGAAUGACAGAAAAUAAGCAAAAUACAUGGACUUUGAAGAAGAUGUAUGUACAGAUGGUCAAUAUUGGAACUUUUUUUUUUUUUUUGAGCUCAAGUUUGGUCACUUUUUUAAGAUGUUUUAGCUGUUAAUUUUUUUGUGUAUUGUACUUCGUAACCAAGUCACAAAAGUGAGAUUUAAAACUGAACGCUGUAACCUGGGAUCCAGUUUUUGGAUGUGUAACUUAGGAGUAUGGAUGCUUUACUUUUCGAAACUGCUGUUGUGCGUGCAUCAUUUGCCUUUGAACGCUGCAUACAAGCUGUAAUAUAAAUAAAGCUAUGCCAAGUAGUUUUCACUUUACAUCUGCACUUAACGGCUUGAAAUAAAAGCAGUGCAAGAUGAAUUUUACUGCUCGUUCAACCCCCCCCCCCCCCCCCCAAGUUUUUCUGGAAGAGAGAUCAUUUUCUCAAAUUUUAAAAUAAACUCUGCUUAUUUUCACGUUUUUUUGUUUUAACAUUAGUGCCUGCUUUAACUGGGCUUAUCAAAUAAUUCAGUUGGUUGUAUACUUGUCUGUGCUGUAAAAGCUUAUUUGAUGCACACCUUCACUGUCUUUUAAGAUUAUGUUUAUCUCGCAUGAUUCCAAGGUUCUCAACAUUGUAAAUUUCCCAGAUGUCAUUUUGUAAAGAUUUUGUGAUUGAAUUAAAACUUUUGGUUACA